AUGUGCAGCUAUCGCCCUUUCACGUAUGUACCUUCUCGCAACCAUGGCAAAGACACGGGCGGGGUACACUAUGAAGAAAGCUCCUUUCUGUAUGGCAUAAAAGCCGAUAUCCUCGCCCUAAAGUGCGGGCAGGUGUGCUUCUAUGCAGAUUACGAUAAUGGCCAACAGAAAAAUGCACAGUGCCCAACGAAAAACAACUUGACCGAGGGUGUUGUGAUUAUGUGGAUACCAGAGCACAUUAAAUUAUUAGAAAUAAAUUAUCCUUGGCGACAUUAUUACAAAAAGAAAGGCCACGUCAAGUGGGAAAAAGACGAGCACUACUGCGACGCCGUCCAGCGCGGUGAUUUGGCCAAUAAGCUCCUGGACUUCAUCGACAUGUCUGUCCUGGAUUUCUUGAUACAGAAUACAGACAGACAUCACUUCUUUCUUGCUGCCGGGGAUCCUGAGGCGUCGGUCAUACCAGUAGACAAUGGUAGAAGUUUUGGGGAUCCUGAUAUCGAUUACAUGGAUAUUUUGGCUCCAGUCAUACAGUGCUGCAGGAUCCGGGCGGCGACGCGCGCGCGGCUGGUCCUGCUGAGCGGCGGCGGGCUGUCCCGCGCCCUGAGGGAGCUCCUGGGCCUCGACCCGCUCGCCCCUGUGCUCGCCGACGCCCACCUCCGCGCCCUGGACCGCCGCCUCGAGCACGUCCUCGCCGCCCUCAGCGCCUGCAGCGAGAGGAAGGGCGGCUGGCACAACGUGCUCUUCUGA